GUUCCGCUCCUCUCAUCAUUCAUCCGACUUCAGUGGUGACUCACGUAUAGUGACACUCGCCACUGAUCGCUUCAACCAAAUUCCAACACCUACUCACUCUCUGACUUUUGCUGGUCGCAAUACUUUAUUUGCACCCACGAAGAUCCACAACGCGUCGCGAUCACGUGUGUGUAUUUCCACGACCCGUUUAGCGAGUUCAGAGGCGUAGGCGCUUAGCCACUCAACCACAACACUCAAGUUUCUCGCUUAGGUAUCGCGAUCCCUUUGUCUCGCAGUGUCUCAGUCGAACAAUUCAACUUCCGAAUAGACCAAAGUGCCGCAAUGACCCUGUUCACAAAGUAUAAACAUCCGCUUGCAUCAGGCUGGAUUGGGUGCACCUACCUCACCAUGACCGAAAGUUCACAACCGCGCACACCCAGUCCAGUCCCUGAUGCUAAGUCUUUUCACAAAGAUGGUGCAGAAGAUAUCGAGAAUUCUCACAUGGCUCAGAAACCCGAAGACGUAGAUGUGGCCACGUUCAAGAGGGAACAUCUUACCGCUCGACCUGCAGGUCGAGGUUACGAGGUUCGCCAUAGUCAAUACAAAGGCGAUGUCGAGAAGAUCAGUGGCGCGAAGGUCGAGGCGGCAAUAUAUGCACCUGUCUGUGCACUACUGAAUAAGAUCAGCAAACGAAUUUAUAAUACUUACAUUAAGGCCAAAAUUGCAUUGGAUCACGCCGACCGUGUCUUAUUUCUCGACCACCAUACUGGCCCACCCAAAGCUCCCGGCCUUGAUAUCAAAGAUAAGCCAGACAUUGUAGGCGUAUUUGAUACCGAGGAAUCCAUGAAGAACUUUUUCAACGAGGAGACCAACUCAUACACUGCCGUACCGUAUCACAGCAUUAUCACCACGGUUGAGUGCAAACCUGAAGCUGAGGAAGGCGCUGGUCAAGCUGUGAGCUAUACAUGUCAACAUGCUCGCGCACGUCUAGAUAUGCCUGGUACCUAUGCACUCUUCGCCAACACUAAAGGUUACCGAAUUCUCUGGUCCGAUGCUUCCGAAGUCGUGAAGUCACCAUUCGUGGGGUGGGAUAAAUUAGCUUUGCUGGAAGGUUACAUCAGAUCGCUCUAUAUUCCUCCGAAGCAUCACCAUCUCUGGGAUCCGACCAUCUCGUCUCCUGUGGUUCUGCCGGAUGCUAAGGGUUCAGGAUCGAAGGCACACUGGACGAUCACCUACAAUGGGAAGACGUAUAGCGACUGCAACCCCUUCUUCUUGCCACUCGCGUGGGGUCGGCGGACGACGGUCUUCAUGUAUGAAGGCGGCGACGAUGAUUUUGCUGUCAUCAAGGAUGCCUAUCGAGAUGAUGCUCGGCGAUUCGAGGAGGCCACACUGAUCAAAGACAUUCAUGCCGAAGGGAUAUUCCCUGGCAUGGUCAGACUACUGGACUCGGGGAGCGUUAAUGGCAAAGAUGGAUCGACGAUUGUGACUGCUCGACCAGCAGAUCGGGACAAGAAGCUGGUGCACCGCACGAAGAAGAGACUUGUUAUGGGCAGUCGAGGCUCUCAAUUCCACCUGGCAAAGACUGUGAAGGACGUACUGAAGGCGACUUAUGACGUGAUAGAAGUUCAUCGUGCAUUGCUCAAACGCCGCCGGUUUCUUCAUCGAGAUCUUAGCAUGCCUAAUGUUCUGAUGUAUCCUGAGCAUUCGAAGAAGACGACGGAAGGCAAGCAAUUCAUUUCCGACCCGCCGAAGUUCAUCGACGAGAUUCUGGGUGAAUCAAACAACAAUGAUGAUAAGUGCCGUGCACUCCUGAUCGAUGCUGAUAACAGCGCGUCGUUGAAGUCUGAGCUGAUGGCCGAUCCGGCCUUGGCUAAUGCAUUGCGCGAGGAGCUCACCAUGCGAACUGGCACGCCGCGCUAUAUCGCUCGCGCUGUAGCAUCUGGAACAGUCGUUAACACCAAAUGGUCCAGGACCUUUUCGUCAAUGCCGAGUCUUGAAGGCAGAGCGAAAGAGAUCUAUCAACGCGUCUAUGGCCAGGAGGCCUAUGACAUAUACGAAGAUUCUGCAGGCACGUUUCAUGGGGGAAGAACAUCAUCACGAAAAGCCACGGACGUAACAUUCAUCCACCGUCCCGACCACGACGUUGAGUCUAUAUUCUGGCUUCUCGUCGCAGUCUUUCUCCUUGCAAAACCGUUGGGAGAGCCAGACUAUUCUACAGCGAACCUUUAUGAUGCUUGGGGAGCGAUGCAACGCCAUACCAUAGCUGCACCAGGUCAUAGUGAUACUAGAGAGAUUUUGCUCUCUCAGUACAAUGUCGAGAGUUGGCAAGCGGCAUUACAUCCGGGCCUUUCCUCUCUAGCGCCUUUACUGGACAGUCUUGCCACACAAGUUCAGCCCGAGUAUGCCAUGAUGGAUCCUGCUCCACCAGAGGAUCAUCUCCAUGAAGUGUUUCGUAGGCUUAUCCUCGAGCACAUCGUCAGGAUGGGCGAUACCGAUAUCGAUCUUGAAAUUGGUAUCACACGUGAAGCAGAACCUCCCACACACGGAAAACGGAAGGCGGAUGAGGAUCCAGAUAAAGACAGCCGGAAAGACAGCAAACGGUCGAAGGGCAAUCAGUCAACUCGACACCACAAUUCGUAUUACCUUUCGAAAUGACACCUCGCCGAUUCCAAUGCCUUCCACACUCUCCAACCACCUAGUUGUCUCUAUUCUUUGUCGAACCUUCCGGUAUCACAGCUUACCAUGUAGCCAGUUUUCCUAGACUCGUGGUGUUCUACUUUUAUCUAUAAAUGAACAUUAUUCCUUCGCGUGCGAAAUGCACACUAAUCAUGUUGUUACAACUUACCUGGCAGUUGUUGACUGGAUUAUCUAACAUGUUAGUUUAUUGUUCACUUUUUAUCGUGAGAUGGCCGACCGCAACACGUUAAAGAUUCAUAUGUUAUAUGACUAGUAUACUUUGCAAGACCUGUUCGCUGCUUAGCC